CUGAGCGGCACUGACGAACUAUCUUAACCAUUUAAUAUAACCUACAGCAUAUUUUAACAGUGCUGUGAUACUAAUACUGUCAGUGUUAGUCGUGUGACAGGCUCAGUGGUCGCAGGAAGCUGCGGCUCGUCUCUCAGCUGCUGAUGGAGCACAUCCGACUACCAAAGGUGGAGAAUGUGAAGCUGCUGGACAAGAUCUCCCCCAGAAGAAGUAGGGUGGGCACCCUCUACCUGACAGCCACACACACCAUCUUUGUAGAGAAUGAGGCCGGAGUGCGCAAUGAGACCUGGGGCCUUCACAGUUUGGUUUCCAGUGUGGAGAAACAAGCUGCCACCACUUCAGGAUGUCCUCUGGUCAUUCACUGCAAAAACUUCCAGGUCCUUCAAUUUGUCAUCCCUCGAGAGCAGGACUGCCACGAUGUUCACCUGUCCCUGCAGCGCCUCUCCCAGCCAGAAAGUUACGAGGAGCUGUAUUGCUUCUCCUUUAAGCCAAACAUCGAUGAGGAGGAGAGACGGCAGGAAUGGGACUUCUUGGACCUCAAAUCUGAGUACAGCAGAAUGGGACUCCCAAACUCCCUGUGGAAACUGUCCCCGGUCAACCAUCACUACAAGGUGAGUGACACUUACCCCGCUGACCUGUUUGUACCUGAUUCGGCCACGCCACCGGUCAUCGUGGGCAGCUCCAAAUUCCGAAGCAGAGGCAGAUUUCCUACUCUGUCGUACUACUGCAAAGAAAAUCAUGCUGCCAUCUGCCGUAGCAGCCAGCCCCUGUCAGGUUUCAGCGCUCGCUGCCUGGAAGAUGAACAGAUGCUGGAGGCCAUCUUGAGGUCCAAUCCCCGCAGCGACUUCAUGUAUGUUGUGGACACCAGGCCUAAGUUGAAUGCAAUUGCAAACCGAGCUGCAGGAAAAGGCUAUGAAAACGAAGACAACUACUCCAACAUUAAAUUCCAGUUCAUCGGCAUCGAGAACAUCCACGUCAUGAGAAACAGCCAACAGAAAAUGCUAGAAGUGUGCGAGCUGCGUUCCCCCUCCAUGUCAGACUUCCUGGAGGGUCUGGAGAGCUCAGGCUGGCUGAAGCACAUCAAAGCUGUUUUGGAUGCAGGCAUCUUCAUCGCCAAGGCUGUUGCAGAGGAGGGUGUCAGCGUCCUGGUUCACUGUUCAGAUGGUUGGGACCGUACAGCUCAGGUGUGUUCGGUGGCCUCUGUACUGCUGGAUCCCUACUACAGGACCCUCAGAGGACUCAUGGUUCUCAUCGAGAAAGACUGGAUCUCAUUCGGACACAAGUUCUCUCACAGAUGCAAUCACCUGGUAGGAGACCCUAAAGAGGUGUCUCCCAUCAUUGAUCAGUUCUUGGAGUGCGUGUGGCAGCUGAUGGAGCAGUUCCCCUGUGCCUUUGAGUUCAAUGAGAGGUUUCUCAUCACAAUUCACAGCCACAUCUACUCCUGCCAGUAUAGCAACUUCAUUGGCAACAACCAGCGGGAGAGGAUAGAGCUGGGGUUACGUGAGAGGACUCAUUCCUUGUGGAGUUAUCUGUGGACGAACCGCGAGGACUACAUCAACCCUAUGUACAGACCAAACCACAGCCAGACACAGGGGCUCCUCCGGCCAUCUACUGCCCCCUACUGUUUUAAAUUUUGGAGAGGGCUGUACAACCGUUUUGACCGCGGGAUGCAUCCUCGACAGUCUGUAGCGGACUACCUGAGGGCCAUCCAAGAGGAGACCCAGCAGUUAGAGGAGCAGCUGGCCUCACACAAACAGAAAAUCGCUAAACUGGAGCAGGAGCAGGAGUGCAAUGUCACCAAGAAAGCAACCACUUUUGAUAAAAGCCCCACAGCGUGGGCUCUCGGUAAUGACCUGGGUCUGGCCAACACCCCUCAGGACUACACUGGGGGCUUCUUCACCAGCAGCCCCUGUCAGCCUAAAGCACCAGAGGGCAGCCUGAUCCUCUUCCCACAGGACUUGAACAAAACAUCCGACUCGAACCACUCCAACAGCAGCGACCCAGAGUCUGGGAUUGCAGAUCUGAGCUGCCGUUCACCCCUCAGUGAGGACAGCGGCAGGGAUCCAGACUCUGAUGAGGCCGCUUACUCUGCUGCCUAAGCAAAUGUAGCAUUUGGUGGAAGGUGCAGCAGCCACCAGCUGACCCGCAGGGCCACUGAACAAACACUACCUUGACAUGCACCUAGUAACCCGGCUAUUGGCUAACUCCAGUGAAAAAGUCUUAUAUGGGUUACUCAACUGACUUGCACUUUUGUUUGCAUGUGGUGUGGCAGACACUCCCCGUUGCCACACAUACUAGUUAAAAGUUGUUUGCUGUAGCUGACCACAUUUUAGUUCUAACACACGUGAAAAGAUAGAAGGUUCUCAAAGUAGGAGCUGAAUAUGAUUCACUGUCAUCUCUGUUGACAGUAAAAUGAACCCAAAACUCUGCAAGCAGAGAUGAUGAAAUACAUCCUGGGCCACAGUAACCAGAUUAAUAUUCUACUGAAAACUCAACUACAAUUCAUUUACAUGAGUUAGGAACAAGUUAGUAACAAUUCUGAACAAAUCAGUGCACAUGUAAAGUGAGUGCAUGAACUCAUCUCAAAGAAUUGUGAGCCAUUGUAGUGUUUGUGUCUCUACUUUGUACCGUUCCAUAGAUUUAAUUUACUCAUCAGGCAUUUGAUAGUUAGACGUCUACAGAAGUAAAGAUUUAAUCCCGGUGUGAAUCGGCAAUAAAAGAACAGAGACGGCGCUUUGAUAUGCGAGUUUUCAAAGCAACAUGAGACGAUCAGCAGAGCACCAAAGAGAACAAAUCAGUGCAAUUUCAGCUGCAUUGAUCUGAGAGACUACAAAAUUAAUUAACAGAGAG